AUGAUCGAACGAAUCCAUCAGCCAGAUCUUGACAUCCCGCAUUCGGAUGUCACCAUUACGACCAAGGUACUCGACCUCGUGACAAUCCACGGGUCGAAUUGCAACAACCUCCACCAUCCGCCGAUUGAGGGCGUAGAGGUUGUCCGCCCCGUGCCAUCUCUCAGUUUUCUGCUCGAACAUCACUCCGGGCAGAAAUUGCUGUUCGACCUGGGCGUCCCGACAGAUCUUCGAACGCUGGGGUCAGAGGUCGCGGACCGAUUGAAGAAGGUCGGCCACCAGAUCACAGUCCAGAAAGACGUGGUCGAUGCUCUCGAAGAGCACAAUAUCAAGCGGGAGGACAUCAACGCAGUGAUUUGGAGCCAUACUCAUUGGGAUCACAAGGGCAACAUGGCACUGUUUCCUCCAUCAACGACCUUAAUCCUCGGACCAAAUGCCCUGAAGACCUUCGUUACCAAUGGGGGCAACUCAGGUGUGGGAGGGAUUAACGAGCAAGACAUCAACGGCCGUAAAGUCAGAGAAAUCGACUUUGAUGGCCCCGAAGUACUGCGAAUCGGAUCAUUGCGAGCCGUGGACUACUUCAAUGACGGAUCGUUGUACCUCCUCGACAUGCCAGGACACAGCGUCGGCCAUCUGUGUGCCCUCGUCCGUACGACAGCAGGUGCGGAGUCGACGUUCCUAUUCCUCGGAGGAGACAGCGCCCACCACUGUGGAGAAGUUCGACCUUCAGAACAUCUGCCUCUGCCCGACUCGAUCCUUCCCAACCCUCUGCCGUCGGUAAAUCGUGACAUUCCCUUUUACCCCGGUACACGUUUCGAAGACCUGAAUAAGUCUCGAGGCAUGCCCGCCAAGGGUCCUGUAUGGCGCCCGAAAUGGGGUCAGGACUUGGCUGAAGCAAUUCGUUCCAUUGGCAAAAUGCAAGAAUUUGACGGGCAGGAGAAUGUGUUACUGCUCCUGGCGCAUGAUUCCUGUGUAAGAUAUGCCAACUUGCCUUUAUUUCCCGAGUCUAUCAAUGACUGGCACAAACGAGGGUUGGGCCGAGAAUUGAGGUGGAACUGGAUCGCUGAUAUAGAGAAGGGGCUUUCGAAGGAGUGUGUCGCUCCCCGCAAAAAGCGAGGAACCAGGGUUGCCAGCGCGGACAAUUCUCAUUUGACCGUCCCCUGGAGUCCUCAGUCACAACUAGCUGUUUCUGAAGGUGCUGUUCCACGACACAACGUCGACACUGAGACUUCCAAUCAAACUCCAUCACGCUCGAGAGCUGGUCCUGUGCACUCACACGGCGGCUCUCCCGCGUCUGUCAACCGCGCAGCUUUGUCAUAUACAGGGGACGAUCAUGAGACCGCAGGAUCCCUGGGCGAAUUGCUGAAAACGACCGACUCAUCUCAGCCUGUCACCUUCGGACCACCGUACUUGGUCCCGGGAUAUACGGUCAAGGAAACACCGGCUGAAGAGCUUGAGUUCCUACGGGUCAAGGGUGCCUUUUCCAUUCCACCAAAAGACGUCUGUGACAAAGCGGUGCUCGCCUACUUUCGUAAUGCUCACCCGCUCCUGCCUGUCCUCGAUGCCAAGUCGUUCUUGGAUUCAUAUUCGAGGCGUGGGUGCCAAGGUGUUCGUCUCAUUCUCUUAUGGAGUAUUCUCCAUGUCGCUGCCAGUUUUUUGCCUCUGGACGUUGUCAAAAGGUCUGGAUUUCAGACCAAAAAGGCGAUGAAGGCUGCAAUGUACCAGCAUGUCAAGCUGCUGUAUGACAACAACCAAGAAAGUGAUCAAUUGGUCUUGGUGCAGGCUGUAUUGAUUCUCGGUUAUUGGCAUCCCGACAGCCAGGAUCGCUUUGAAGCAUGGCAUUGGACAGGGAUCGCGAUAUCCAUGUCUCAGUGCAUGGGUCUCCAUCGUUCUUCCGUUGGCGACAGGCGUCGGGCCCCCCUGCCCGCCGAUAGGGUGCGUACCGUCCGGCGAAUUUGGUGGUGUUGUCUCGUUCGGGAUCGAUGGCUCGCGUUCAUCAAAGGUCGCCCGAUGAGAAUCAACUUGGAAGACUGCGAUGUCCCCUUUCCGGAACCAUCAGACGUGGCUGACGAUCUCGAUGGCAUUCCCCAAGAAAUCAAAGGCAAGUGUCUCGUAUACUCAUCGACUGUGGUAGGCGAGCUGUGGAGCAAAUAUGUCAGACUCAGCAUUCUACUCGGUCGGAUCUUGCGAUUACAUUCAAAGGAAAUCUGGCGAACCGACGAAGCACAAAUUCGGAAGAACGAAUCGGAACUGCAAGAGUACAACACAGCACUGGCAACAUUUGGUCAACGACCACCGAAUCAAUAUGAACAAUUCUUCGUCUGUCAAGUUCGCAUUCAUUAUGAAGCCAUCAUGAUCAUGCUUCUCCGACCUUACGUUCUUGCUCAUCCCAAGAAUCCAGUGGAGGAAGUAUCAUCUUCAUUUCAGGUUGAAGCCACUCAAAAAAUAAGGGCGGCUGCGAACAAUAUGAACAACAUUCUUGAAGAGAUUAUGAGUUUGGAUCUCGUCGAGUUCGUAAGUCCUGCAAUUAUAUCUCCUCUGAUACUGGCAAUGCAAAUGCACCUGCUGGACUGCAAGUCGCAGACUCGUUCAAUAUCUCGUCUGGGUCAUCAUAGGCUACAGCUGUGCAUGAUGUUCCAAGCGGAACUCAAAAACACCUACUGGGGUGCCGAUGGGGCCUUUCGAUUGUUCCAGCAAGCCCAAGAGAAGUUAGCAAGGACUGCGGCAGAGCGAGAGGCUCAUAAAGCCACGACAUUGGUCGAUUUAUCGAACAGCACAGAAUUGUUGCAUCCUGAGGCUGUAUCCACGACCAUAGCGCAUACUACUUCCAACGAUUUCAGCCCCAGCGAGAUGCUGUUGCCUUCCGUGGACGAUAUUUUGAAUUUCGAUUUCACAUUUGCCGACCCACAAGACUUUCCCAUCAACGACAUUGACUACUCUGACAACGGCUCUGAUCUUCAUUUAAACUCGUUCCUGGGCCUGGACGAAUUCAACGAAUUCGUGGAGACCAGUCAGGCUGUUUUCCCGACAUAAAUCCAUUCAAUUUUGGAUUGGCAAGACGUUAUUAUUCAUACUCCCUAAAUCGACGAAUACUGAUGCUGAUCAAUAGAUGUGGUAUCUAAAAGAUGUGCAUCUCCCCAGGAUGAAGUAUCAGUCUCCCAUUGGGGUGUUAGACCAAUGGGAUACAUACUGCCACGUUUGUGUAGCUGCAAACACUCCCAUCCGAGAAGUACUCUCCAAAUUGGUCUAGACGAAAGCUUUCAGCGGUGUACGGAAGUAUGUGCAACGGCACACUUCACGGGCGAAAGUUCCAACCUAUUUAGCACCUUUCUUGCGCAACUGCUCGAUCAGUAUCGUCGGUAUUCGAAUCGUUCCACACUCGACAGCAGUUUUGCGACGUUCAUAGCUCCCAUCAAAGGGCAUACGCACUGGACGUCCACCUUCCACAGGUUUGGCGGACCGCAACCAUUCGGCGUACUCGUCCGCUUCCUUCUUCACCUCAUCAACCGGUCGAAGAAUGGCCGGGUCGAACAUCAUGACCAGAUAUCCGAACCCACUGAGCCCGUCUGGUCUUGCACUGCUGCCUGCAGCCAUUCCCAGCAAUUGAAUCAUGACGGCCAACCCACUGCCCUUGUGGCCGCCCCAAACCGUCAUCGCGCCUUCAAUGGCCAAGGCUGGAUCUGUCGUCGGCUGCCCCUCUUUGGUGUACGCCGCGCCCUCCGGCAAGCUGAUCCCGAGUCUUUGGGCACGCAUAAUCUGCGCGUGCAUAAUGUUACUGGUACCAAUAUCCCAUAUCACCGGCCGAUCCUUUUGAGAGGUAGGAAACCCUAUACACAUGGGAUUGGUGCCGAAACGAGCCUCGGCAGCACCUUCAGGCGCGACCAAGGGAGAACAGUUGGAAACAAUCACCGAGAUCAGGUCACGCUUGGUGGCCAUCUCGGCAUAAUAAGCCAAAUUUCCGCUGUACCAGAAAUCAUUGGCGCCCACAAUGGCGACACCGCAUGAUUUGGCCUUUUCAAUCGCCAGUUCAGUGGCUCUGUGAGCCACCAGAUAACCCACCACGUUGUUGCCGUUGAGCCUGACGGAUGAUGGACCUUCGCUGGUAAUUUCAAUGUCCUUUGAGGACUUGGUCUUGCCAGGACUUUCUUGGAGGUGAUCAAUAAUGCUCAACGCCCUAGCCAGUCCAGCCAUGGGACUGCCUCGGCACUCGGCGUCGACCAGAUGUUGCGUGAUGAUCUCUGCGUCGCUGGGUGAGUAUCCUCCUGCCAUUUCAAGGGCGGCUUGACACACUCUGAUCGCGUCUGGGAUGGGAAACUCGGCCAUGGCCACGUCGUCGGUCUUUUUUUGACUACCCAUGUUUAUAAUAGAAAGGAUGAUGCCGAUUGUGAAAUCAAAUAAGAAACAAUUGAAGUAGAUUUUUUUGAUGAGAUUCCGCCCAGAUUAAGU